UGCAAAUGAAACACCCUUAUUCACGGCCCCCCGUCGUCCCUGCUGGUAACCCAAAUGUUGCAGCGGUAAUUGUUGAUGUCCAGGAUGUGGUUAAAGCAUUGAAAAGCUUCCCGAAAGGAACAUCAUGUGGGAGGGACGGUUUCCGAUCUCAACACUUGCUAGAUGCAACGAAUGGCGCUGCGUCUGUGGCAGAUGAGUUAUUGUCGUACAUCACCGGAGUAGCAAACCUGUGGAUUGAUGGCCAAUGCCCACUAGCUCUCGGAGAGUACAUUUCCAGCGCACCAUUAACACCUCUCCUUAAACCUGGUGGUGGUAUUCACCAGAUCGCAGUAGGUACGAUAUGGAGGCGUUUAUACUCUAAACUGGCAGCAUCUGCAGUGCUUAAAUAUAUGACUAGUUACCUCGGAAAACAUCAGUUUGGAGUUGGCACACCAUGCAGAGGAGAAGGUAUUUUACACUCGGUGAAUCGGCUUUUAGAAUUGAAAGAUGAUGGGACACUGGUUGGAGAGACGACGGAAGUGGCAAAAUCUCUUCAAAUCAUACGAGAAGAAGGACCUGCAAGAGGCCUGCAGCUGAACAUACAGAAGACAGAGAUCUUUUGGCCACACCCUGACCCAAGAUGCAAUGAUGUUUUCCCAUCUGCUAUAGGCAUGCCAGAGACCAGUGUCAGUUUGAUCGGUGGUCCAGUAAGUCUCAAUGACGAGUUCUGCAGUAAUAUCAUCCAAUAUCAUGUAGACAAGACGCUGCAUCUGAUGGACUGUGUCAAGAAGCUCCGAGAUCCCCAAGUAGAGCUCCUACUACUUCGAUACUGCGCUAAAGUUUCAAAGUUAUACUUUUAAACGCGUACAACGAGACCAAAAUGCAUGCAGGCAG